AUCUCUCUCUCCUUCCUUCUCCAUCAUCCCCUGUGUGUCGGUGAUCAGAUCUCUCCUCUCGAUUCUCUCCCUGCCGACGCUAACGUGCCUUCAAAGCAAAGCCGAGUUUUCACCAGUUUUGCUCGAUUCGGUUUGGAGAAAUCGAGAGAGAGAGAGUCUGAGAGGUGAAUGAGAAAUUGGCCUGCGAUUCUGUCUCUGUCGGUGGAAGGUUGCAAGAGCAUAAGCCUCGUGAUUUGGAGCUUUGGUCGUUGGGGCCAAUGCGGCUGAUCUGAUUCGAAUUUCAUCGUCUAUCAAUUUUUUUUUGUUUUGUUUUGUUCACCUGAAUUUAGAUUGAAUUUGAUACGAUCAUGAUGCAGGGAGAUCCUCAGCGUAAAAAGAACAAUCUAGAGAUGGAGUUCUUUUCUGACUAUGGGGACGCCAGCAGAUUCAAAAUCCAAGAAAUGAUCGGAAAAGGAAGUUAUGGAGUUGUUUGCUCAGCUAUAGACACCCUUACUGGUGAGAAAGUGGCCAUUAAGAAAAUACAUGAUAUCUUUGAGAAUAUAUCAGAUGCUGCGAGGAUUCUUCGCGAGAUUAAACUCCUCAGGCUCCUAAGGCAUCCAGAUAUUGUUGAAAUCAAGCACAUUAUGCUUCCUCCUUCGAGAAGAGAGUUCAAAGAUAUUUACGUUGUGUUUGAGCUUAUGGAGUCUGAUCUUCACCAAGUUAUUAAAGCCAAUGAUGAUUUGACAAAAGAGCACUACCAGUUUUUCCUAUAUCAGUUAUUGCGUGCACUCAAGUACAUUCACACAGCUAAUGUCUACCAUCGAGACCUGAAGCCAAAGAAUAUAUUGGCGAAUGCAAACUGUAAACUUAAAAUUUGUGAUUUUGGAUUGGCUAGGGUUGCAUUCAACGAUACCCCCACAACAAUCUUCUGGACAGACUAUGUUGCUACAAGAUGGUAUAGAGCUCCUGAGCUUUGUGGAUCUUUUUACUCGAAGUAUACACCUGCAAUUGAUAUCUGGAGUAUAGGUUGCAUUUUUGCGGAAGUAUUGAUGGGAAGACCACUUUUCCCUGGAAAGAAUGUGGUUCACCAGCUAGAUCUUAUGACUGAUCUGCUAGGGACACCUUCCUUGGACACCAUCUCCAGGGUAAGGAAUGACAAGGCUAGGAGGUACCUAACAAGCAUGAGGAAAAAGCCACCUAUUCCUUUUACACAGAAGUUUCCAAACGCAGAUCCUUUGUCUUUGAAGUUGUUGGAGAGGCUUCUUGCUUUUGAUCCAAAAGACCGGCCAACUGCUGAAGAGGCACUUGCGGAUCCAUAUUUCAAGGGAUUGGCGAAACUGGAGAGGGAGCCAUCAUGUCAGCCCAUUACGAAGAUGGAAUUUGAGUUCGAGAGAAGAAAAGUCACUAAAGAGGAUAUCAGAGAGCUAAUCUCUAGGGAGAUACUUGAGUACCAUCCUCAACUGUUAAAAGAUCACUUGAGCGGGGCUGAUAAAACCAAUUUUCUCUAUCCAAGUGCUGUUGAUCAAUUUAGGAGACAGUUUGCACAUCUUGAAGAAAACAGUGGGAAAACUGGCCCUGUGGCACCUCUUGAAAGGAAACAUGCCUCUCUUCCCAGAUCAACAGUGGUACACUCAACCGCAGUUGCACGAGGAGGACAACCUAAAUUUUCGAAUAACUCAAACGCAUUGAAACCUGAAACUACUCAAAACAUUCCGCUUAAUCAUCAUGCAACGUUACAAGCACAACAAAGAAACCUCUCAGCUGCCAAACCAAGCGCAUUCAUGGGCCCAGUGGCGCCUUAUGACAAUGGCAGAGGCAGUAGAGAUCCAUAUGACCCGAGAUCAUUCAUCCGCAGCAGUACUCUCCCUUUUCAACAACAGUCUACAACAACAGUCACCAUGGGAAAGCAACAAGAGAGGAGAACAACAACCAUGGAGUCUGAGAAGCAGGCAAGACAAAUACAUCAGAGUAAUAGAUACGCACCAGAUGUAACCAUCAACAUAGAUAGCAACCCCUUUGUCAUGGCUAGAACCGGAAUGAACAAGGCGGCCGAAAACAUGAGCGAUCACCGGAUCAUAAUCGAUACAAAUCUGUUACAGGCGACAGUAGGAAUAGGAGUUGCAGCGGCGGCUGCAGUAGCUGCUCCUGGUGGUUCUGCUCACCGGAAAGUUGGAGGUGCUCGGUACGGAAUGUCAAAGAUGUACUAG